AUGCAUGUGGGCAAGAUGCCAACAACGUCUUCGAAACGUCAUCCCCCGACCACGAAGCAUAGCAAGCUAUCGUUCCCCGAUGAUAAUGUGCUUCUGGUCGAGAUCAACAGACCAAAAGCUCUCAAUUCUUUAACUAUUGCGGCCAGUCACGAGCUAGACGAGGUGUUUCAGUGGUUCGACGACGAAUCGAACCUACGCGUCGCCAUAAUCACGGGCGUUGGGAAGGCCUUUUGCGCCGGCGCUGACCUGAAAGCUGAAGACGGCGAGAGUGUGGUGGGUAGAGCACUCGACUACGCCAGGCUGAUCGCGGCCAACAGCCCGGAUGCCACCAUCGUCACGCGGGAAGGACUGAACAUGGGCUUGGAAGCACUAGGCGUGGCAGAUGCGAGCCGUCUCUUCCUUGAGGGCUGGAGCAGGCGGAUCUACGAGGGGACGAAUAUCCAAGAAGGUCUUGACGCGUUUGAGCUCGAUAAGGAUUUUGCUGUCUUUCCUACCUACCCCUUGGCCCUUGUUUUCAAGUUGGAUUCUCAAGAGGUGAUUGACUUUUACUCUACUCAGAAGAGUGUCAAAAUCCCUGGCGUGCCCCCGCUUGACCCGACUCGUCUUGUGGACGGUGAUCGUUCCAUCGAGAUCUUCAAGCCUCUUCCAGUCACAUCCGCUGGCCGGGAUUUCGAAUUUCGGUCCACUGUUCUAGGUGUCUACGACAAAGGAAAAGCUGGCACUGUUGUAAAAUCUCAAGAUGAUCUGGUUGACGCAGACACCGGCGAGAUCUAUGCGCGCAUAACAGGCUGUCUCUUUUACGUCGGCCAAGGCGGUUGGGGCGGGCCUCGAGGCCCAAGAGAGGCCCGAUGUCUACCCCCCGACGGCAGAGACCCAGAUGAGACAUUUUUCGUCGAUGUGGGAAACGAGAGUGCCCACUUGUAUCGGUAA